AACUCCCUCCAUAGGUCAUCUGUGGCCAGGAUGAUGGCCCCCCUGGCUCGGAGGACCCUGAGCAUGAUGACCACGAGAGCCAGCCCCGGCCCCGGAUGCCUCGGAAGCGGGGCCACAUCUCACCUAAGUCCCGCCCCAUGGCCAACUCUACUCUCCUAGGGCUGCUGGCUCCACCUGGCGAGGCAUGGGGGAUCCUUGGACAGCCCCCCAGUCGCCCGAACCACAGCCCCUCACCUUCGGCCAAGGUGAAGAAAAUCUUUGGCUGGGGUGACUUCUACUCCAACAUCAAGACGGUUGCCCUGAACCUGCUCGUCACAGGGAAGAUCGUGGACCACGGCAACGGGACCUUCAGUGUCCACUUCCAACACAAUGCCACGGGCCAGGGCAACAUCUCCAUCAGCCUUGUGCCCCCCGGUAAAGCUGUAGAGUUCCACCAAGAGCAGCAGAUCUUCAUUGAAGCCAAGGCCUCCAAAAUCUUCAACUGCCGAAUGGAGUGGGAGAAGGUGGAACGGGGCCGCCGGAUCUCGCUCUGCACCCACGACCCCGCCAAGACCUGCUCCCGAGACCACGCUCAGAGCUCAGCCACCUGGAGCUGCUCCCAGCCCUUCAAAGUCGUCUGCGUCUACAUCGCCUUCUAUAGUACGGACUACAGGCUGGUCCAGAAGGUGUGCCCGGAUUACAACUACCACAGUGAUACUCCCUACUACCCCUCCGGCUGACCCCGGGCAGGCCACAGAGGCUGGGCCAGGGCUGGAAGGACAGGCCUGCCCACACAUGAAGCCAUCUGUCUGGGUACUGGGCAGGGAAAGGAAGAAGCCUCGGGCGGGGAGCAGGGGUGGGUGGAGAGGAGAUGCCAAGUGGGGCCAAGGCCAAAUCUCAAGUGGCAGGGAAAGGGUCCCAGCAGCUGGCCCCAACCUGAUGUUGCAGAGUGACCAGCACACAGGAGCACCGGCCAUGGAGUGGGUUCUCCGGGCAGCCUCACAGGCUGACUGAGGGACAGGAAGAUGCUGGGUGCAGGAGGCCCGUGGGGCAGGCAGACCGAUAAAGUCACUGAGAGGAGCCUAAAACCUUGGCUCCCUCCCUGCCAUCCUGAGAAAGAACAGCAACAAGGAGAGGGUUAUUUCAUCAGUGUGGACACCAAGUAGGCGCUGAAGGAUGGCUGACACUGGGCGUCCUGGGAGCCAGCAUGGGGUGGGGGUGGGGGGCAGGAGGAACUCUCCAGCCCCACCCAGUGGGCAGCCCUAAGCCUCUCAUCCUGGACGGUGGACUGAGCUGGGCUUGAGGCUGAAGUGGUGAUCCUUGGAGGCUGAUAUCUUGACAGAUAGACCAUCUGCCCAAGCCAGGCCACCCUUUUCCAAACUUUCUUCUUCUGCCGUUGCUCCCCACCCCAACCCUCAUGCUGAAGGGACACCAGUCCUUAAGCUGAGACAGAGGGUGAUGGUGGAUCUCCCAGCACCAAGGCCACAGGCGGAAGCCCACCCGUGAGCCACGUGGCCCUCCUCUGCCCCAUCUCUCACUAGAUCCUCUGGGAGCUUCCUUGUUCAGCGCGUGAUCCUUCCAUAGCCAGCCUUGCCCAUCAGACUGGGGUGCGGCCGGAUAGAUGCCUCCCUCGUGACCGGCGGGGCCAUCAGCAGCUCUGGGCAGGGUGAGGCCAGACUGCGGAGGGUGUGCCGGACCUGUUCUGUAGUGUCUGUCUGUGGGUGGGGGGAGGGGGGAGGUUUUGUGAAAUCACCUGAUUGUCGACUUCUGUGUGCAGAAUCUUGUUCUUGGAGCAGGGAAUAAAGCUUUCCCAGGGC